AUGUUCAUGCCUGUGGCUACACAAGCUUCACUCAAAGGACUGACUCCAGAACAGUUGGAGGACACAAACUGCCAACUCUGCCUGAACAACACAUACCACCUUGGCCUGAAGCCUGGGCAGGAAGUACUAGAUACGAUUGGCGGAGCACAUAAACUCCAGGGAUGGAACCGAAAUAUCCUAACGGAUAGUGGCGGCUUCCAGAUGGUCAGCCUCCUCAAACUCGCCACAAUCACCGAGGAGGGCGUCCGCUUCCUCAGCCCCCACGACGGCUCGCCCAUGCUCCUCACCCCGGAACACUCCAUGUCGCUCCAGAACAGCAUCGGCAGCGACAUCAUGAUGCAGCUCGACGACGUCCUCGUCACCACCUCCCCGGACCACGCGCGCAUGCGCCUCGCCAUGGAGCGCUCCGUCCGCUGGCUCGACCGCUGCAUCGCCGCGCACAAGAACCCGCACCGCCAGAACCUCUUCUGCAUCAUCCAGGGCGGGCUCGACCUCGACAUGCGCCGCGAGUGCUGCCGCGAGAUGGUCGCGCGUGACACCCCCGGCAUCGCCAUCGGCGGAUUGAGCGGCGGUGAGGCCAAGGAGGAGUUCUGCAAGGUCGUCGAGGCGUGUACGGCGCUCCUGCCGGAGCUGAAGCCGCGGUACGUCAUGGGCAUCGGAUUCCCCGAGGACCUGGUCGUGAGCGUCGCCCUGGGCGCGGACAUGUUCGACUGCGUGUGGCCGACGAGGACGGCGCGCUUCGGCGCGGCCAUUACGAGGCACGGGGUGUAUAACAUGCGCAACGCAAAGUACGCGAGGGAUUUCGGGAUGAUCGAGGAGGGCUGCGGGUGCAAGUGCUGCCGGCCGAAGAGCGAGGGCGGGCUGGGCGUGACGCGAGCGUUCAUCCACCACAACGCAUCCAAGGAGACUGUGUCGGCGCACCUGCUGACGAUACACAACGUGUGGUAUCAGCUCAACCUGAUGCGCGAGGUGCGCGAGUCGAUUCUCGCGGACCGGUUCCCGGAGUAUAUCAAGGAGUUCUUUGGCAAUCUGUACGCCGAGCCAAAGGACUAUCCGUCGUGGGCAGUCGAGGCGUUGCAACGGGUGAAUGUAGACCUCACAGCAUAG